CGCAGCCACUCUGGAUCAGCAAGAGCAGUGAUUAUCGGACUGAUUGUUCCGGGGAAACCUUAGGGUUUCUAUUGUAAUUCCAAAGGAUACUUGGUUAUUUCUGAUUUCACACAACUUCAGUUGGAUAUUUCAACAUGGUAGUAGUGGCAGCAGGCACCGGGGCGGGACACAAAGUGCUCCUGAUAUCCGGAAAACAGAGCGGCUCACAGACCGGCUUCAGCCGGCCUUUAUCUGUCGUCUUACCGUCAUCCGCCAACCUGGCGUCGUCGGAUUCCGACUCGAACUCAUCUGCGGGGCCUCCCGUACGAAAAAGACAGAGGCUCACACACUUAAGUCCGGAAGAGAAAGCACUUCGCAGGAAACUUAAGAACAGAGUCGCAGCCCAGACAGCCAGAGACAGGAAAAAGGCCAAAAUGGGGGAACUGGAGCAGCAGGUCCUGGAGUUGGAGCUGGAGAAUCAGAAACUUCACAUUGAAAACAGACUGCUCAGAGAUAAAACGAGUGGCUUACAGACAGAAAAUGAGGAACUGAGACAGAGACUUGGGUUGGAUACCCUUGACUCAAAAGAGAAGGUUCAGGUUCUGUUACCCACCGGGAACGAUGCAGGUUUAGGGGUCGGGUCUUCUGAGCGCAGCACUCAGGCUAUGUGUGCCUCCGCAGCAGGUGCAGGCCCAGCAAUCCCUAAAUCUGAAGACUUCUCAAUGGAUACAGAUGGUCCUCACACUACAGACAAUGAGUCUGAUUUGCUCUUGGGCUUUCUGGACAUCCUUGACCCAGAGCUGUUCCUCAAGUCUUGUGAGCAGGAGUGCCAGGAGCCGGAGGUGCUGCUGGUCGGAGAGGGGAACCCAGUACCUGCCGCCGCACCUGCGCCUCUGGGGGCCCCAUCAGUUAAGCUGGAGGCCCUUAAUGAACUGAUCCAUUUUGACCACAUCUACACCAAGCCCGUGGAGCCGGUUAGCGAUGAGCAGUUCACGGACUCGGAGAGCGACAGUGAGAAGAUCGAAGAGGCUUCCUUCCCCGUGGCCGAGGUGGUGGUCGAGGAGGAGACCGUCUGCGUCAAAGAUGAGCCGGAGGAAGUGGUCAUCCCCAGCUGUGACAGUGAGAGUCAGGUGGAUGACUUCUUGUCCACGGCCCCCACCUCAGCUCUCGGCAGCCUGGAUAAGGAAGCCUGCCUAGCGGACACCUACAGCGACUCUGGAUAUGAAGGUCCCCCGUCCCCUUUCAGCGACAUGUCCUCCCCCCUGUGCUGUGAAAGCUCUUGGGAUGACAUGUUUGCUAAUGAACUCUUCCCACAGCUUAUUAGUGUCUAAAAAACCAACUCUUUGCCCCAUAAACGUACCGUAUAUAGUUAGCGUGUAGUGUUUAACUACACUUUAAGCAUAUGAUGCUUCAUAGUGGGACGCCUCUUCACCCACUUAUAGGCUAAUGUUAAGCACAUAAUCUCCUUGUAUUACAGCAGGUCUGUACCACUGAUACGUUGACUUGUGGGAUGUGGAGUUUCGUGUGCGCUUACUUUUAGCUUCAUACUUAAUUCACCGCAAAGGAUCUAAGAUUGAAUUCAAGUCUUUCACUUUUUCUUUUGAAGACACGUGGGUGGAAUUCAGUAUUUCUGUAAAUCUGUAAAGGGCACGGGGACCGAUCAUUUAAAUGUUAUUUAUUUGUAUACUCAGCUUCAGAGUCCUUGUAUAUGUACGCUUGUAAAAAAAAAAAAGCCUUCUAAUUUGUUGCUCUCCUUGUAGUCUAAUAUCUGCAAUAAAAAAACUGCAUUGCAA